UAAAAUUUUUAAAAUGGGUAAUAAAAUAUGUUGUUGUACAUAUCAUAAUAAUACCGAUGGACAUGGAAGCCAAAGAUCCGGUAUGGGUGGUGGAAUCAUUGUAAAUAGAUCAGGUGGUAAUAUAUUAACAAAUCAUAAUGGUAAUAAAAUAAUAAUACCAUCAUCGUUUGAUGAACAUUUAGCAGAAGGUGAGGUCAGUGUCAACAAUCUACAGCAUAUUAGUGAACGUGAACAAGAUGAGAUGAAUGAAUUAGAUCCGUCACAGCAUCCAAUGGCCAAAACAAUAUUUAUGGAACGUUCAAUGAAUAAUUCAUCAACAAUCAACAACAUAACAAAUAUAACACGUAAAAAAAGUUUGAAUUUAAUUUUAUCAAAUAAUCAAUCAAACACAUCCAAUGGUUCUAAUUUAAUAUUAUCAUCGUCAUCAUUAUUGAAGAAAAGUAGUUCUUGUUCCACGAUUUAUUUGGAUGAUAGCACUGUAUCACAGCCAAAUUUAAAAAACACAGUGAAAUGUGUUGCAUUAGCUAUUUAUUAUCAUAUUAAGAAUCGUACAUCCGAUCGACAAUUGGAUAUUUUCGAUGAACGCUUACAUCCGUUAACACGUAAUACAAAUGGUAACGAAACAACGAAUGUUAAUGUAAAUCCAGAACAUAAACAAAUUUAUAAGUUUGUCCGAACGCUAUUCAAUUCGGCACAAUUAACGGCAGAAUGUGCAAUUAUCACUUUAGUUUAUUUAGAACGCUUAUUAACAUACGCUGAAUUAGAUAUUGGACCAACAAAUUGGAAGCGUAUUGUAUUAGGUGCAAUAUUAUUAGCAUCCAAAGUAUGGGAUGAUCAAGCGGUAUGGAAUGUGGAUUAUUGUCAAAUAUUGAAAGAUAUUACAGUGGAAGAUAUGAAUGAAUUAGAACGACAAUUCUUAGAAUUAAUACAGUUUAAUAUUAAUGUACCAUCGUCAGUGUAUGCGAAAUAUUAUUUUGAUCUACGUACAUUGGCUGAAGCGAAUGAUUUGUCGUUUAGUUCAACGAAUACAACGUUAGAACCGUUAAGUAAAGAGCGAGCUCAAAAACUUGAAGCCAUGUCGUAUUUAAUGCAAGAUAAACUUACAAAUGAUUUGUUAUCGAAUCAGUUAAAGAAGUGGAACAGUUUAGAUAAUGUGUAUACAAUUAGUGGUAUUACACAGCCACCCAGACGGAGUGUUGCUAUUUUAUCUUAAAUUAUUUUUUUUUUCCAAGUUCUAUAUUUAUUCUUAGGGAUGCAAAUUUAUCGUAUCGACAAAAAGUAUCUUAUAUUUUCGAUAUAUCGUUUUUUGAAGUGAAACUUCUUUAACGAUGUGUUAUGAUGCUUCCGCAUUACCGGAUAAAUAAAUUUUAAACACGAAAAAAAAUU